AUGAAUCCGGUUAUUUCACAGCCAACAUAUGGCACAGGGCGAGUGGCUGUUAGUGACUGGCAAACUGGCGUAUUUGACUGCUGUGAUAACAUCGGGAUUUGUCUCUGUGGGACUUUCUGUCCCCUGUGCCUCUCAUGUCAGAUUGCCUCUGACAUGAAUGAAUGCUGUCUGUGUGGAGCAAGCGUUGCCAUCAGGACCCUCUACCGGACCCGAUACAACAUCCCGGGAUCUAUUUGCAGUGAUUUCGUGUGGCUGGCAUGUUUCCCUAACUGCACCCUUUGUCAGCUUAAGCGAGAUAUUGAAAAAAGAAAAGCAAUGAAUGCUUUCUAA